GGUCCUUCUGGUGGUAGCGGGUAGUGACUUUCAGCAGCUGACGGAGGACUGCUCUCGAAUGGCUUCAGAGACACACUGCUCCUAAUUUACUUGUUUUACUAACAAAACACAACAUGAAUUUCGUCAGAACUCGCCUCUCUCUUGGCAACCUCAUUGGUCAGAGGUGCAGACAGGUCACUGAAACAUGGAGCCACAGAGGGAUGUGCAGCAAACCAGAGGUGGUCAAAGCAGAGCCCCCAGCAGCCCCAGCAGCACCAGUAGCCCCAGCACCAGUUGCUCGUGCCUCGUUCAGGGUCCCAGGCUACAAACCGUCGAAUAUGGACAAGAAGUUUCUUCUCUGGUCGGGACGCUUUAAGACAGAAGACCAGAUACCAGAGAUUGUGUCGUUUGAGAUGCUGGAUGCUGCCAGGAACAAAGCGAGAGUGAAAGCCUGCUACGCGAUGAUGGCGAUCAUGAUUGUGGCGUGUUUGAUCACGGUGAUCCUGGGCAAACGGGCUGCAGGCAGGAACGAGUCUCUGACAGUCCAAAACAUGGAGAAGAAAGCAAGAUGGAGGGAGGAAGUACAGAGAGAGAAGGAAGCUGCUGUCGCCAUGUCUGAGAAGGCUCAGUAAAAGAUCACGUCCCUUCAAACCCUCAUAUUGGGCCCAGCGUCCCCCUAAUCCCUGUAUUCAUCACAACUUCAGAGCUCUCCACUCCCAUCCUAAAUAGCAGCCAACAGAAAUCACAGCAGUUGUUGUUUGUGAUUCUUAACUUUUUUUUAAGCCUUUGUGAAAUUUUAUCUUCAACUAACAAAUACUGUGGCGUUGUGAAAUCCGUGUGAGACGCACCAAUAACGUUUUAUCUAUCAAUGCUUCUAGUAAGCUUUCAACAUAUACCUCGAAAUCUCUCAAAUAACUGCCUUAGUUUUGAAAUUAGCCGUCAAGGCAACGGUCCGACUUGUGAUGACAGUUCAGGUUUAAAAUGGUGUUCUGUUUUUCUGUAAGAGAACGUCAAGAAGUGGAUCAGGCCUCUGCACGAGGGUCCGUUCUGGAUCAUGUGGGUUGUUCAUGACUUGAUGCAGCAUCUGUGUUUGUAUAAAGUGAGCACUAAAAAAAGAUUAAAUAAAUAUUUCUUGAGGAU